CACACGCACGUACAGUCCACCAAGCAGGCGCCAAUUCUCUUCUGCGAUUUUACACAGCAAUACGUUUCUUGUUUUCUUAGGUAGACAGUUCUUAACGUCAAGCAGAGGAGUGAUCAUUACAGCGAGUGGUGCACACGGUUAGAGGUACUUAGACAAACGGGGAUGUACCAGCAGAAGAAGUCAGUUAUAUCAGCAGCAUGCGGACGCCCACUGAUAUGUUUGAUCCUGCUACUUGUCAACAGUGCACUAACAAUAGUGAAUGGAGACCUCAGGGAACAAGGAGAGAGCCUGGGCCAGACCGUGAUACCAUAUUGGAUGUUUGAAGGGCAAGCCAAACGAGAAGCUGUAUUCCAGACCCGCUUCCCAGCCCGGGGUGAGAUACUGUUGGAGGCCCAGGGCAAAGAACUGCUGUUGCAGGUUGAACGUAAUGAUCAGCUGCUGGGCCCGAAUUUCACAGAGACUCAUUACGAAGACGGGGUGCCUGUCACCCUCAUGCCUGAUUACACGGAUCACUGCUACUAUCAUGGGCACGUCAUUGGACACUCUGACUCCUGGGUCACCCUCAGUACAUGCUCUGGAGUCAAGGGCCUGAUUGUGCUGAAUGCCAACAACAGUUACUACCUUGAGCCCAUUAAUGGGUUGGAAUCACCUCAUCACAAGAUGUACAGGACCGAACAUCUGAGAAUCCAAGGGGGGACGUGUGGACAUGAGCAUCAGACGGAGCAUCCUGGCCAUUUCUCUGAUUUCCUCCAGCCUUUGCAUCGAAGGAUGAGAAGAAACACACAGAGUUCUACUAAAUAUAUGGAGCUUUACAUUGUGGCAGAUCAUACACUGUUCAAAAGACAAAAUAACCUUGGAAUAACCAAACGAAGAAUUAUAGAAGUUGCCAAUUAUGUGGAUAAGUUCUAUAGGGCCCUGAACAUCCGAGUGCCCCUCAUUGGGCUGGAGGUGUGGACGGAGCGGGACCAAUGCAUAGUCACAGAGGACCCCAAAAAGACACUCUGGUCCUUCCUGCAGUGGAGGCAAAAGCUGAAAUCCCGCAAGAAGCAUGACAAUGCCCAGCUGCUCACGGGUGUGAUCUUCACGGGGACCACCAUCGGCAUGGCGCCACUGGAGGGCAUGUGCUCCCUGGAGAACUCGGGGGGAAUCAAUGUGGACCACUCAGACUUGCCCAUUGGGGCGGCUGCCACCAUGGCUCAUGAGAUCGGCCACAACUUUGGCAUGAGCCACGACAACGAGGGCUGCUGCGUGGAAGCGACGGCUAAGCAGGGAGGGUGUAUGAUGAAUGCGGCCACCGGCCACCCCUUCCCACGUGUCUUCAGUCAGUGCAGCAAAAGGGACCUGGACGGCUAUUUCCAGAAGGGGGGCGGCAUGUGCGUCUUCAACAUGCCUAACGUGGAGGAGCUCGUGGAGGGCAGGCGCUGCGGGAACGGCUUUGUGGAGUCAGGGGAAGAAUGUGACUGUGGGGAGCCAGAAGAAUGCACCAACGCCUGCUGCAAUGCUAAAAACUGCACUCUGAAAGCAGGGGUCCAGUGUGCCCAUGGGGUCUGCUGUGAAAACUGCAAGCUGAAGCUGGGGGGCACCCUGUGUCGGGCCGCAGCAGGAGCAUGUGACCUGCCGGAGUACUGCACAGGGGCCUUGCCCUACUGCCCUUCCAACGUCUACCUGAUGGACGGCUCCCUCUGCCAGAAUGGCCGUGCCUAUUGCUAUAAUGGCAUGUGCCUGACACACGAGCAGCAGUGUCUGCAGCUGUGGGGGCCCGGUGCCCGUCCAGCUCAUGAUACCUGCUUUCAGGAGGUAAAUGCUGCAGGGAAUGAAUUUGGAAAUUGCGGCAAAAAUGCACUGGGGGUCUACGUGAAGUGUGAAAAGAGCGAUGCCAAGUGUGGCAAGAUCCAGUGUGACAGCAUCGCAGAAAAGCCCAAAGGCUUCAAUUCUGUGGCCAUUGACACCAGCAUCCACACCGAUGGCACGAAGAGGAUGUGCCGAGGCACCUAUGUUUACACCAAGCCGGAUGAGCAGGACGUUGUUGACCCAGGGCUCGUCAUGACUGGGACCAAGUGCGGAGAUGGGAAGGUGUGUAUCAAUCAGCGUUGUCAGAACAGAUCCUUCAGUGACCUGAUGAACUGCCUCACUCGGUGCCACAGACAUGGGGUGUGCAACAGUAACCAGAAUUGUCACUGUGACCAAGGUUGGGCACCACCCUUCUGUGACAAGCAAGGUCUAGGGGGGAGUGUGGAUAGCGGGCCCGUGCAGUACCACGGCGAACAGGGCCUAGUGGUGGGCCUUUUCUUGACCUUCCUGGUUCUGGUGCCUGGUGUCCUGGUCCUGUUCUGGUGCUGGAAGGUGAAGGCCCUUACCUUCCACAUGUGGUUGUCUCAAAGGUUGAUCAGAAAUGACAUUUCUGACCGGUCGGUUAAUAAUGGACAUCAGAACCUCUCACUGCAACUUGGAAUACCUGGAUCAUCAAGCAUCGAUCAUAAAACCAGCAAAUCCAGGGAGUCUCACACCACAAAGGAGAACCUGCCCUUGAGGCCUGUAACAGAACCCAGCCUCAUCCAGCCCAGCAGAAGAGCUGACCAGCAUUGGUCACCCGAUGAAGGCCAAGGGACCCCCUCUUCAGUGGGAAAGUUGUCCUCCAUUCAGUCCCAGUCACCAGCGCCUGCACACAGUCUCACCCCACCCAAAAAGGUCCUACCACUGAGCUCAGGAACAGGCCUUACGCCUGGGGGUUCCCAGCCGAGACGGCCACCUCAGCGACCCCCGCCCCCGAGAAUCUCCCCCACCUGCCACCAGGUCGUACCUUCUAAAGCUGUCAGCAACAUGCGAUUGGUGGCUGGGCGCAAAGUACCUGAUGCCUGCCCAUAGCUGUCCUGGUGGAGGGUAUCCAGCACAGCUCAAACCAUUUUAGACAUUGAAAGGAGGACCAUCAAGACACGCCUGUUGUUCUGCAUCUACAACUUGCACUGGGGUGCAGAGAGGGACAGGGAUUGGCUGAACAUGCAGGGGCAUUCAGUUGGUCGCGAGCAGGGAAAGCACCACUUCCUUUUGGUGACGUCAUCUUAGGCUGACCCUAUAGGAAAAUACUACUGUAUUACUGUGAUAAUAACUUAAAGGGGUCAUGGGGUCACUGUUAACCAAAUAUGGGAAAACAAUAUAUGUUCACCUUUUUUUACUGCAGUUGGUUUCUCUUAUUUUAAAUAAUACUUCAUAUGACAGCAACGUGU